AUUGCCAAGCUUAGAAAGGAAAAUAAUAAGAUUCCUGAACUUGAAAAGAAAUUUGCUAAAAUUAAUGCUAAGAAUAUGAAGUUGAAGCAAAUUAUUGAAGAGAAUGCAAUAUGUAAUGUUAAGAAUGCCAAACUCAAAGCAAGGAUUAAGAAGUUUGAAUCUGAGAAUGUUGAGUUUAGAGAUAGAAUCAUGAAAUAA